AUGCCCCCACGCUCACCCCCUUCACGGUCGACACUUUCUCCUUCACCCAAGUCCUCGUCCUAUCCGCAAAGCGAUGUUGCCACUUACCGUGACCUUCUUUUAUUUGAAGAACGACUCAAAUCAACUGCUGCUAGUCUGCAGCGACGCAAGGCGCGGUACCAGCUAUUCCUGAUUCAACUAUUGUUUGUGAUUGCAUUCCUCCUGGUGGAAGUUUUGCUUCCGCCAGACAUUUCCCUCAUUGCCAUCCCCUGCAAGCUGGUGUUGCAACGGCUGCUGCCUGAUAUCUACACAUCGGAAACGGAGGUUCGCAUUCACCCUUACUUCUCGACCGGCCUUCUGUUUGUGAGCGUCACAACUCUCGCCCUCUUCUUUGCGAGUGGCACAUAUUCGGAUAAAAUUGCAUAUGCCAACAAAUAUGUCCCCCACGCGAACAAGGCUCUCCGUUCAUUCAACAUGUAUCUCAAUGUUCGUCAGACACCGUUGCGAACUAAAAUAUGGUCCAACCCACUUGCGUUCUUCUUCCCUCGUCCCGUCGAAGAUACGCCGACGCCUUCGUCCACGCCUUCUCACUCUCGCACAUCAAGUCUUGCAUCGACCCCAACUCUGCGUGGUCCCGGCUCGUCAAGCACAAUGCUCUUGCAGCUGUCGCCUGUUACUCAGACCAUCGUCAACCCAUCCACGCCAGUUCCGAUUCCUCCAAUGCCUCCUACGACCAAUCCGCGGGGUGAACUCCGCUUCUCUUCUCGCGUCGAUCGGGCGUUCCGCGAUGGCUACGAGCGAUAUCGUGCUAAUUUCGAGCGUCGCAGAGCACUUCACGAACAGCAAGCGCGAGGAAAAGUAGGGCGUUGGUGGUGGUGGCGAUGGCCGACUUGGUUCUCCUCAAGUCAGCCACCAAAUCCACAACCACCUGUUUCGAUGGGAUCUGAUGGAAGAGCUGGCACCCCGCUGCAACCAGCGUUGACAAUCACACCUGCUUCCACUCAACAACGACUCGCAGAACGGCGAGGUACACCACCUUUGAUGAUGGGCGCAGCCACCCCAGCAAAUCGUAUCCAAACCCGAGCUGCGUCGCGUAGACAGUCCGGGAUACCAGACCUCGACGACUCCGGUGUACUACGACGAUGA